CGUUCUGGCAACUGUGUCAAAUUUCUGAGUAAUCACUCGUAAGAACUCUAUAAAUUCCCCUUCAUUCCGUUCACCCAAGUAGUUUAAUCAUGGAUGACAGGGAAGAAGUACCAACAAAGGCCUCUGUGCCAGAAAAAGAUGAGAUCGAUGCGAAGACAGGCGCUGCAAAGAAGGCAGAUGGAGAUGGUCCAGAUAGUGCUCCAGCUGGACAGGUGUCGCAGUUGAGGAUCGGAGAGGACCAGGCUGACUCUAACCCUUUCAAACAACAUGUCAGACGUCGUGCAGACUUCAAACAUGUCUACAAUAUGAAUAAUCCAAAACGUGGCCUCGCCGUCGUGAUAAGCAACAGGAAUUUUGAUCCAUCCACAGGCAUGAGUGAAAGAUCGGGGACCGAGAUAGAUGCUAUUGCCCUCCAGUCUAGGUUUCAGGAAUUAGGAUUUGAAGUUCAGGUUUAUAAAGAUUUGACGGUUAAUCAGAUGUUCACACUGAUGAAAAAAGCUGCUGCAUAUGAUCAUAGUCAAUCGGACUGCUUUGCCUGUGCCAUCCUAAGUCAUGGUGAUAAUGGUAUCUUAUAUGGUAAAGAUGGCACAAUCGAGAUAGAUAGAUUAACUUGCCACUUCAAAGGGGACAAGUGCUUGACUUUAGCUGGGAAACCAAAGUUAUUCUUUAUUCAGGCAUGUCGUGGUAGUUCAUUAGAUCAUGGUACCACCGUCACAGAUGCCGCCGGUGAUCAAGAGCGUAUACCCGCUGAAGCAGAUUUCUUAAUGGCAUACUCUGUAGUUCCAGGUUACUUUUCGUGGAGAAAUUCUGCGCGUGGUUCAUGGUUCGUCCAAGCCCUAAAUCAAGUCCUACAGGAGCACGGCACAGAUCUAGACAUGCUCACGAUGAUGACGAGAGUCAACAUGAAAGUCGCCUACGAGUUCGAGUCGAAUGCUGCCAAAGAGUACAUGAAUAGAAAGAAGCAGAUCCCAUGUAUUGUUAGCAUGUUGACAAAGGAUUUGUACUUCACUCCAAAGAAGUAUCAGCAAUAGUCAUACUGAUACAAUGUGAUAAGACCAUAUGAUUUUGAUUUUUUGUUUGCUGCUCUACAUUGUCCGAAGAAAUUAGCAUGAACCAAUGUUAUCCCUGCGGGCAGUGGUGUCACAAAUUGUUAACUUUGUCAUGAGGAAAUAGAUACUUCUCUAGAAUUGCAUCAAGUGCUUUUGGAUAUUUCGUAAUCAAAAAGUCGGUCUAAAUUGCUAAGAGUGGCGAGCAAAUGAUAAAACGCAUGGCCUGAAACUCUCCAGUUGUAUAGCAACAUUAAUAUAAAAACCAAGUUCUAUGCAUACCAAUUGUAUUUUAUAUGAGGUUUGUCCUUUACCCAUUCAAGGUCAUUGCUGUCCACAUAUCCCAGUUGUACUCAUUGAUACUUUGUUGAUAUAAGAUUAUGCUUGUGUGUACCAAUAUAUCCUGAUAGGGGACGUCAUCCGGGGUUCCAUUUUGGACGUCACUUGACCCUACUGAUCUCACUUUAAAGUGUGCCGCGUGUGAAUAAUAUCUUUGUUGACGUCACCAACCUCCAAAACUGCAUUGUUUUGCCGACAACAAAGUUCACAAUGUGGGCCAGUAGCGUUAAUGUGACGUCAGAAUGGUGUCUUUUUGUGAUGACGUCAUCCGUAAGUCGUCUAUUGAAAACGAGGUAGUUGAAUGCGAGAUGACCUUAUCAUUCUUCAGCAACUGUCCAAUGCCAUGUUGCCUCCUUCGAUGAGGGUGAUAAUUGCUUAGUCUUCCUCAAAGACGCACAACCUAUUUCAUCUUGCCUUCAAUUUUGUUUAUACUUGUCAUUUUGUUUAACUGAUGUAUGCGUGACAAACCAAUCCAUGUCCAUCCACGAAACUUGGUACCUCUUUUUAUAUCGAUGUCUUAAAUGGUGAAGUGUUGUCCAAUGUUUAGCAUCUUACAGCAGUUUGUGUUGUAUUUCCUCUGUAGGCCUAAUAGAAGCUUCCAUUUCUUUUGUUCUUAGGUUGAACGUGUGUGGGUAAACUACUUAAAAGAAGGUCCCAUUACACUUUAUUUUAAUUUGGGCAAUGUGCUUUGAAGUGUAGAAGAUCUGCUUGUCUCAAGGAGGAAGUCAGAAGUCAGCAGAGUUCAUACGGCAAGUGAAAAGGUUCAAUAACACAAAAUUCAUCACAACUCUUCCUUGGAGAAUGACAUGGUGUCAUUUUGGCAGUCAAGUUUAAAUGUGCUUUAUGUCUAAACUAUGCCAUCAUGAAGUGUAAUCUAGCCUCUUGUGGUCACCUGUUAGAGAGUUCAUGAAAAACAAUGUGAGUUCUGGUAUCCUUCUUGUGGUUAUCUAUUGAGGGGGCAGAGGGAAGUUGAUUAUGUUCUUGUUAUGUCAGCAAAAUAAAAGUAGUGACUUGUUCCUUGACUUUCAACUUCAUAAUAUGGAUAGGCGAAACAUGCUCCGAUUUGUGGUAAUUUGAUGCUAAUAACAUCUGAACUUUGCUCAUUGUUUUAUUUUAUGCUAAAUAGUUCAAUAGUUCAUUAAUUCUUAUUGCUAAGCUACAGGCAGUGACUGAUCAUCUUUUUAUAUAGCUUAUUGUUCCACAUAAGAGUGCGGUCCAUCGACCCUCUUGAUCUCAGUUGGAAAAUUGAUUUUGCAAACCAAGUUUAGAUUUAAACUGCUUUACCAUGUACAUGUAUCUUAAAUUAGGAAUUGCUAUGGAUCAGUGUACUAGGUCAUGCACUUCAUGUUGUUGUGGCUUUUAGUAUUUAUUGUGAACGUUUAUGUGCUGUCUAUCACUUAGCUUUGCCCUUGUCAAGAUAAUGAUGGUACUAACUAAGAAGCUAAGAAGUUCUCAUGCCCUUGGCAUGGUCAUGAUGUCACCGGUAGGCCCUACUCCUUGGUGAGUGUACUUGAGUCCAGUCACCGCGAGUCCAUUGAGAGGCAGAUGGCAAUAUUGAGACAAAUUGUUACUUCAUAGCUAAAUCCUCAUUCUUCUGUCAAAGGCUGAGGCUGGCGUUUCUUUUAGUGUCUCUGUACAUGUACAUGUACUGAAAUUAUGAAAGGACUCUAGUUAAUUAUAAAGUGUAAUUAUUGUAAUAAAGAUAUCAAGAAUUGUACAUUAACUGAUGUCAUGUGUUUUCUAUAUUUGAGCAGUGU